AUCUGCUAGCGUGAGGAUCGCAUGUUAGUGCAAAUUACUCGCGAGUGGUGAUCGCGGAGAUCAUUCCGCCCCAAUACGGGACCUGAUAGUUGUGAGCUCGAAUAAUCAAAAUAUUAAUUAAAAGUGCUGAUUAAUAUCUACAUUCACAUGACUUAUUAACGAGCUUGUUAUAAUAUUCUAUAAACGUGUGCCGCAAAGCAAGUGAGACUCGAGACUCGAGAAUUGUUUCGAUAAACAUAGUAGCAAAUUAGAGUCUGACUUUCUAGUCAGAACGCGAGUCAAUUUUCCGGAUCGGAUAUACCUCUCUACUGAAGUCGCCAGAAACGAUGUGAAUCUUUUUUCUGCAUUAAUGUACCUGCUCAGAGCAAGUGAGAUUGAUUACAUCGGAUUAAUAACGACACGAAAUGACACAGGUAUUCCAUGCUUUGGCACUGGUACUCUACCUGGCAGGACUCAGUUCAAUCGGAGCACAAUAUCUAGACUCACCAUGCCCGGAUGUAUUCACCUACCAGGUUGAUCCAGGAACCAAUCAAAUAUUCGGAUACAUCGAAAUCAACAACAUUCAAGUAGGACAGGCGGCAAAACUCAACGUUGAUCUAUCGAUCGGAGCGCAACUAGCGUCGGAUAACGUCGGAUCCAUCACUUUAGUGAAAUCUCGCGAAGCAACCUUCAAUGACAUCGUGCGAGGUCUACCAGCUCAGUACCGGGUCAACUUUCCACUGCAGAAUAUUCUGCCUACAGUACUCUCCAUUUCACUUAAUGGACAAACGCUAUGCACUGGCUAUCGUGCUCCAGGACGUGUCAUAACCACUAUAAACCUAGAGCAUACCUUGUACACUCAGCUGCAGCCCCAAAACAUGAACGGCUUUGGAUUCCAUCGUCCACCCGUUACAAACUCAGUAGGAUUUCAGCCUCAGCCACAACCACAAUCAAACGUUCCUCAGCCGCAGCCUCAAGCACAACCGCCACUUCAAACCCGCCCCCAGUGGAAUUACGAACCUCAAACUUCUCGACCGCCAGUUUAUCCCACCAGACCUGCAGUUGCUCGACCUGUCGUACGACCACAAACCACCACUCCCAUCGCAAUACGAACAACUCCUGCGCCUCAAGUAUUAACAACUUCUAACCGCGUAUGCGGCAAACCAUCAAAGUCCUUCCUAAACAAACUAUCGUUUAAUGGGGAACUAACUGAAAAAGGUCAGUUUCCUUGGAUUGUACCUUUAUUCGACCGCACUGAUCAACGAGAUCCAAAAUAUUUUUGCGGCAGUACGAUUAUCACUAGGAAACACCUUCUUACGGCUGCAAAGUGCUUCUAUUACCUGGGCGAACUGCUCAGCCCAGAACGGAUACUUGCAAUGCCCGGAAUGUACAACAUUGACAACUUCCUCGAUGAUAACGCGAAAUUUGCUGACAUUGAAGCCGUCAUUCCGCAUGAAGAGUACGUUUCGGACGAUGACCUCAGCGAUUCCAACGUGGCAGUGCUACGGUUGAAGAAAUCACUGGAAUUUUCCGACUACAUAAGUCCCAUAUGCGCCUGGCGUGGCGACAAUGACUUGCAAACGAUUGUCGGUGAGAAUGGCGUGAUGGCUGGAUGGGGUGUCACGGAGACAGGUUCGACCUCAGUCGCAACAUUCAUCAAAAUGACCGUCGUUGACGGGAAACAGUGCAGCGAAAACUGGUCGCGAGCCUACCCUAGCACGGCACGAGUAUUCUGCGGGGACGGACACGGUUCAACACCCUGCAUCGGGGAUGCCGGCAGUGGAUUGGUUCUAAAAAGGGGAAACCAGUACUAUCUGCGGGGAAUUUUAUCGAACGGGCAAGUGGAUAGCAAUACUCUGAAAUGUGACGUUACAAAGUAUGCGAUAUUCAUCGACAUUGCACCGUUCAGAUUCUGGCUGAAGACUGUCACAAGCUAGUAGAGGUGCGAUCGCAGAGCACACCAUAACUUCAGGGAGUUUGUAUGCAGGUUAGGCACAGCAUACAAGUUUACAAUCCAAAUAUGCUCACUUGGCCGUUCUGGGCGCGAUUUACACAUGUGGAACACUGGGUCAAUUUAGCUUAAAGUCAUCCGGACAUAAUCAGACUUGCUCUUUUAUGAUGAUCUACCGAACGAGAAUUCCCUCGAUCACCAACUGAAAUAAUCAUGGUUAAUUUACAGAACAAUCCUAAAUUUGAAACUAAACGUUAUAAGAGUGGUUUAUCGAUAAUCAAUCUAUUGUUACAGAAAUUAUUAAAUAAAUACUAUUUUUAUAUUAAAUCAAAA